GCCCAGCCGGCUCCCCCCCUCCCAGCCCAGCCGGCUCCCCCAGCCCACUCGUCCACCGACUUGGCCUGUACGCCACAGGAGACGGCCGAGAUCGCGCAGUCGCCGACCUCCGAACACGUGGCGGUGGGGAGCGAGCGCACAGACGCGUCCCGCGCGACAGGACGAACGUUGGGAUCUACAAGGGGCACGCGGUGCUCAAUACGGUCUGGAUCGGUGUGUAAUAAGACUCCACGCUUGCUGAAGGACGGUGAUAGCAGUCGGCGCGGUGAGGAGACCCAGGACGCGGUGAGGACACCCAGGACGUGGUGAGGAGACCCAGGACGUGGUGAGGACACCCAGGACGUGGUGAGGACACCCAGGACGUGGUGAGGACACCCAGGACGUGGUGAGGACACCCAGGACGUGGUGAGGACACCCAGGACGUGGUGAGGACACCCAGGACGUGGUGAGGACACCCAGGACGUGGUGAGGACACCCAGGACGUGGUGAGGAGACCCAGGAGGACGUGGUGAGGAGACCGACCCAGUCACACUCCUCUCCUUCCAGCUUGGAGCCGUCCGGCGACACCGUCUAAUGGAGGCGAGAUUCAAGGUCAACUUGGACUUCCUCACAACUCUGGGUCUACUUGACAAAACUAGUAAAGCUGUCCAUGGGCAAAUACAGAAAUGCCGCCAACUCCUGGAGUCUUUUAUUGCAUCCACGUUCAUCAGCUCAGGAGGCAGAGUCCAGCAGAUCCGAAAAGACCUCCAACCAAUCUCCACGAGAUACGACGGCAUAAUCACCAGGUCCAGCUUUCUUGUGCAAUGUGCAAAAUCCAGAAAUGAGCACUAUUUAAAAGUGGCACGUAAAGUUGUGCAGGAUAAAAUUUCCCCAGAAGAAGCGGUGAAGGAAUUCGCAUCGGAAUUGAAUGACCUCGUGACAAAACUCAGAAAUAUUAUUGGCGAGCACAACGAAGUCGUCCAGCUCCUUCGCAGGGCAGUUGAUGUAUCUCAGAAAAUUACUGAGGAUGAAAGAAAAUAUGCGACUCGAAUGCAAAUGUUACAAACUGUGUUGACCUACACAGCAAUAAUGUCAUUGGUGGUAGCAGUGGUCACAGUGGCAGAAAUAGUAGGUGUAAGAGAGUCGGUGAUAGGAGCAGUAUUAGCACAAGUGAGAACCUGGGGAUGGGCAACAGGAGUGGGAGAAAUAGAUGUAAGAGAGUCGGUGAUAGGAGCACCAUUAGCACAAGUGAGAACCUUGGGAUGGGCAACAGGAGUGGAAAGGAAAAUAACACAAGUAGGAGUGGUAUUCUCAGAAGUAGCAGUCGCAGCGAUUAUGGCAUCAAUGGCGAUGAUUGCAUCACGUUCGUUACGUUGCACGGGAGCGCUGGCAGCCGGUGGUGCGCUUGUAAUGGCGGCAACAAGUUGGGCGGUGAAGGUAAUGCCACUGGCAGGGAUAAUGGUGCCAGCUGGAUUGGUGGGAGUCGUGAGCGUUGUAAUAAAAGAAAGGGUGAAACAUAAGGCUGCUUGGAAAGACAAUGAGCAUGAAGCUUGGAAAUCGAAGGGUGCAAGGUUUACCAAGGAGUUGGAUGAGAUCGAGGAAUCCAUUCGGGAAGCGAAUGGAGACCUCGGAGAAGUGGAUAAUUUUCUAAAACUUAUCGCGGACGAGAUAGAAACCUCCCCUUGCAAUAGGACAUUGAUAUCCAAAACAAAUUUUAAAUUUAUGAUAAAGCAAUGUCAGACCACCAGCGAUAAAUUCAGUGAUCAUGCUACACCACCGAAUUUUUUUUCUUAAAACAAGUAAGCUCUACAUCUGUACCGUCGCAGGAUGCCAAUGAAAUAGAGCUCAACAAUUUAAUGGGCUCUUCCCACUGAAAUAAAGUAAAAUAUAUAUUGACUUAAAGCUUUCGUGACUGCAGGGAUUCAUAUUCUUGGUUCUUUUGGUAAAGUCACGUAGAAGAGAAACAAUAGAAUAAUAAAAAUAUAAAACAAUAAA